AUGGGCGCCGAUAUCACAGCCGUAGACGUUAGAAGAUAUACAGCACUGCAUCUUGUAGCUGAAAGGGGACAUGAGUCAAUAGUCAAGCUACUCCUCGAAACGGGCGCCGACGUCAAAGCCGGGGGCGAUGGCGAAUUGACAGCACUGCAUUUUGCAGCUUACAAUGGACAUGAGUUAACGGUCAAGCUACUCCUCGAAAUGGGCGCUGAUAUCGAAGCCGUGGACAAUGACCAAUGGACAGCACUGCAUUUUGCAGCUGGCUCGGGGCAUGAGCCACUAGUCAAGCUACUCCUCGAAAUGGGCGCUGAUAUUGAAGCCGUGAACUAUGUCGGACGGACAGCCAUGGUUUUAGCAAAAGAUCAAGGGCAUGAGAAAAUAGUCCAAUUACUCGAGAAAUAUAUGGUAACCGGCACUGCAGUGGUAGAGACUGACGAAAAUGAGGGGGGUGGGGGUGUUUCUCAAGAAGAGUAA